AUGAAUCAAAAUAAACGAGCAAAACCACGGAAUUUUCGCAAGAAAGAUUCGGACGAAGAUGGCUCAGUUUCCAUUCCAGUGACUGAUGUCCAAGAUCCACAACAAAAACUACCUACGAGUUCUAGUACAACAAGUAGUACCCUCAGUUUGGAACAAACGACAAAAGUGAAUAAGAAAAAAGUAAAAGUUAAUAAGCCAAAAUUAGCACUGAGCUUUGAAAAUGAAGAGGAGGAAGAAAUUGAAGUUUUCAAGGUCACUAAAAGUGUGGCAAGUCGUAAAAUGGCACAAAAGAAAUCAAAAACUAUUUAUUUGGAUCAGUUGAAUUCACUCCCGCAAAAUUUGGCUCAAGCAACAAUUUCAUCAUCAACUUCUUACACAAAAGAAAUUUUGUCAGAAUUACGAGCGAGUACACAUGCUACUCCACCACCGCCCUCUUCUUUUGAUCCUCAAGAAUUUGAUGGCAAGUUAAUCAACAAAAAAAAAUUUGAUCAAACAAAUGAAAAGAAAUUGAUUAAACAUUUGUUAUUUCCAAAGAAAAAAAGAGAGAUGCUAAGACAAAGAGGGACAGCUUCUGUUGCUGCACCCGAGUAUAUUUCUCUGUCCGAGGAAACCGACGUAGUCCCAUCGUCGAGUAAAAAACAUCCCGAGUCAAGAUUAGUACGUGAAGAGGAUGAAAUUGGCGAUACUGAUGAAGAGUUAGAACAAUACGUGGAUGAGAAAGUUGCAUUAGGUAGAAAGGCAAAAAAAGAAGAACGAUUAAAGAAAAAAGCUGGAAUUAAACAAAUGAUUACAGAAGCAGAAGGUGAAGAGGAUGAAGAGUUACUGCAAUGGGAAAAUGAAGCCAUCAAAAAGGGAGCGAAUCUAGCUUCUAGAUCUUCGAUUAAAACAAUCAGUAAACCAAAACCAAUAACGGCUGCAUCAAUACCAAUCAAUCUUCCGAUACCAAGUUUUUCGGAAGUCGAGUCGAGACUCGCACAAGAAUUGAAUAAUUUACAAGAUCUUUAUAAAAAUCAUCAAAUGGAAUUAACGCAGCUCAAGCGAGAUUUCCAUAAUGAUAUGGAAGCCAGUGAAAGAUAUGGAUCUGAAUUGCAGCGAGCAAAAAAACAAUAUACUUAUUUCCAGGAACUCAAAACAUUUGUUGAAGAUUUGGUGGAAUUCUUAGAUGCGAAGUUUCCUAUUCUAGAAGAAAAUGAAAAUGCUUUUCUUUCCUGUUUAUCUGAAGCGACGGAUAUGAUAAUAAAAAGACGGCUACAAGAGGACUCCGAUGAUCUAGCGUUUAUCUUUGGAAAAACCGAUGAUACACACAUUUAUCGGCAGCAACUACGUGAGAAUCGAAUACGUACACUCGUAAAAAAUAAGGGACAAGCAGAUAUAGCGGAAGAGGAGGGUUUAUCUACGGAUGACGAACUUGAAGAAACAGAAAAAAAUGAAAUACUAUCCAAAAUUGGAUUAAUUUCUGAGCAACAUACAGAAUUAUUUAGUGAUGUAAGAGAUGAGUUUAAAUCAAUUUCUCUAAUAAAGUCAAAAUUUGAAGAAUGGAAAUCGGAGUACCGUGAAGAAUAUCUUAAAGCUUAUGGGGGAUUAAGCUUGCCUGGCGUUUUUGAAUUCUAUAUAAGAUACGAAUUACUUUUAUGGGAUCCAUUUAAGGCACCCAAACAAAUGAAGGCAUCGGUGGAAAUAAUUGAUCAAGUGGCUUUUUCAAGUAGUGGUAAAGACUCGCAAAAAUUUCAGGAUUUGAUCACAUCAUUUACUGGUCGGCUCACAAGUAUUGUAAAUUCAAUCGAAUAUGAUACAUUGUCGCUGGCUGGAGAAUCUCUUUUUCAACCUUUUACUCUUGCAUUCCACAGAAAUCGGUAUUUUUGGAGAAAUUUCAAGUUGCUUGCAAACCUCCUUUUAUGGCGAAAACUCUUACCGCCUGAAAAUCUUCGCGCUCUAAUAGAUCAGCUCCUCAACCGGUGUUUACUUCCUCUUCUCUCAAUUAGUGACGUCUCGGAGAUUGAUAAAUAUAAAAAGGUAUUGGAACUUGUUCCUACUGAAUGGAUGUCUCAGUCCCUCUUAGAAAAAAUAGCACGUGGUACUGUAGGCUUUUGA